AUGGACGCGAAAGCAUCAGAAGAGGCCGAUGCCGGGAGCAACCAAGGCAAAGGCUUCGAAACACCAACGCCGAGCUCAGCGCCCACCGAAAGUGCGAUGCAAGCCCCGACAGCCGACACCGCGAAGCCUGACAGUACGACUACGAAGAAACGAGCCGCGGCACAGCUGGACGUACACCUCACUCAGCAAACCCACAACCUCAUCAGUAUGGUAUCCGCAUUUACACAGUAUGCCCUAAAUGGAAAGCCCUUGCCAGUAGACAGUGAUGUCCGCGACUACCUACAGGAUACAGCAAGCGCAAUCAAAGGCCACCUCACAGAGAUCCAGGCACACCUGCAAGAGGCCGCUGAGCUUGCCGGACAGCGCACCGAGAUACCUCUUUAUAGCCCAAAAGGCAUCCGUGGAUGGUCGUACAACUACAGAGCAGCUAUAUCAGCUAAAGACAGAGUGAAGUACCUAAAGCACGCUCAAGAUUCCCAGAAGCUCAACCCAAAGGAAGCAUUCGCGACCAGCGAAUAUGGCAGACGCGUCCAAGACUCUGUAGUAGCUGAGCCAGAUAUACCUUUCAAGGUAAAGAAGCACACUUUCCAGAAUAUCCUCAACAACCGCAUGGUCGAGGCACUGCUAGCGCGCGGCUACUAG